AGUGUAUAUAAAGUGCUGAGCCGAGGCUUUCCGCUCAGCUGUUGUUCAAACAUCAUCGUUUACCUUUCGACGUCUGAAGACUUGACUUCAACUUUCUGAAGAACACUGUUUUGCCUGAAAAAGUCAUUGCAAGACUACAUUCAACAUGGAAAUAACCAUCACUAUGCUGAGUGGGUCUCACACCGUGAGGGUGAACCCACAGGACACAGUUGGCUCUCUGAAAAGAAAAAUCCAGAGCAUGCUGGGAGUCGACCCUCAGAGGCAGAAAUUAGCUUUUAGCAAUGGUCACAGGACCCCACUCAACGACGACUCCAAACCCAUCAGCCACUACGGCCUACAGCAGGGCUCCCAGGUGUCUCUGCUGGUCACCGAGCCUGUUCCCAUCCAGGUGUUCCUCAAAAAUGAAAAGGGACAGAUGAGCACCUACGACAUCCAGCCCGACGAGACUGUGAGCAACUUCAAGAGAAGAGUCGAGAGCAGAGAGAGGGUGCCUGCGAGCCAGCAGAGGCUCAUUCACGAAAGUAAGGAGAUGCAGGAUGGCAACAAACUGGUGGACUACAACGUUAGAAACCAGAGCACCAUCUUCCUGUAUUUACGUCUGAGAGGAGGCUGAGGACACUUUAACACGGUUCAUCUACCAGAAAACCCAUGGACGUUAUUUAAUAUUAAUGAGAUCUUGUUCUUUCUUUUAUUUUAAAAGAUACAUUCCCACAGACUAUACAGCCUGUGUUUAUUAACCAAUUUGUAAAUAUGUGUUUUCUUUUGGCACAACAGAUAUGCAAUUCAAACAUGAUUUUUCCUGACAUGUUAAAUGUGCACUAA